AUGGAGUUCGGGAAGGCGCUCAGCGCAACAUGGUCGCCGGACAGCCGCCGAAUAUACGUCCUGUUCACUUCGGGAGACGUACAUGUCUGGGACGCGAGGGAGCUCAAGUACCUUCGCGCGCUCCUAGCACCGCGAUCCGCCAUACCCAACGACCCAUCCGGGAAUGUGGUGACGACGAGUUUCGCGACUUGUCGUCAAGGUCGCCAUCUCCUGUCUCACGUAACCUUCUAUCGCGACAUCCCCGACGGAACGUUGGGGUACCUUGAUUACGUUCUUGUCUGGGACAUAACUUCCGGAGGAUGUCAUGUAGUACGCCGUGUCAAUCUCCGCGAUCCCCAUCACCACGGACGGAGUACGCGCCAAGCCGUUCUACGGUGCAGCGAAGGCGACGACAGCUUCGACGUACUCUCAAACACCGAAGACGAGGCGCUGUUCCUCGACUCCGGGAGCGACGGCGAAGCGUCUGGCGUUGCUACCACACCUGUGCGGAUCCUUGAAGAACUCCGGAUAGCGGCUUUAUCUUCGGACGGGCGCCGCGCUUUGUGCUUGGAGAAACCCCCAUCGUACAUCACGCACUCCUUCUGCGUCGUGGACACGUCUACCGGCCAGCCGCUCUCGGAAGCUCGUGAGAGAACGGGCCGCCACAUCAUUUACUGCGUCCAGGGCCGGGGUCUCCUAUUGGGUGGGCACGACGCAUCGAAGCCGCCCCACCGGAGCUACUGGAACACGGAGGACGGCACGCUUUUCUUCCUCCCUCCGAUACAAAAGAUGGACCCAUUCACCUUUGCGGCCACGUCGGACGGAUCGGUGUUCGGGUGGACUGCGUAUGGUGGGCCGGUGGUAUUUGAACGGGCCGCGCUCGAACGGAUACCAGCAGAGAAGGAUUGA